AUGUUCGCCAUUCCGAUUCCCCUCCUUAUCAAAGCUCAGCUCAAACGGCGCAGAAAGGUCGUCCUCAUCGGUGUGAUGAGUCUGGGCUUGUUCACUAUCAUUGCUGCUAUUCUAAACAAAAAUUUGCAAUUUUACUCUCCUCACAACACAACUUACCAAAUCUGUGUCAAGGCAUUCCAGUACAACAGCAACGGAGCCCAGAAACCUGGGAAGCCCGGCAACCAGACAAUGAUAGUAGCGGCUGCUACUCCCAACAACUCACAGUCCCAUCCUUCAUCCGAUCUCUUCUCGCUCAUGGAAGUUACCUUCUUCAUCGAGGAAAUAAAAACACAACUCCCGGCAAGUACAGCGUCACGUUCGUGUGCAACAACGCGAUCCGGCUCUGUGUCUCAAGCGCAAGCGCCACGGGGGGAAGACCAAGUCCGUGUAGCAGGUUCGACGAGGCUAUUGAAGGCGGGGAGACCUACGACGACAUCUACGAUCGGGACUGGGGCCGUCAAACACGUAGAGGACAACUCCGAGGCGUUCAGACUCAGAUCACCCUCGCCUUCUGCUCGUCCAGCGACCCUCAAGAAGAACAAGGGGGUUCAGCCUGACAUCCGGAAGAUUGCUGGAGCAACCGAGGAAGCCACCGACGGCCUCCUGGGCACCUUCAUCUUUGCGGGCCUUACUGCGCAUUUGCUUUCAGCCCGACGCACUGCCCCUUUCAUUUUUACCGGAGAUGCUGCCUGA